AUGAUGAAGAUUCGCAAGGAAGUCCAGCUUAGGCAGACAUAUAUGCCAGUAAGUGCGCCCUAUAGAAACACCAGGGCUAGCAGAGGUGACGAUGUUGAAAAUAUAGGUUUUGCAUAUAAUGGCAAGAUCAAUCGAUCUUUAGAACCGGUCUAUGUGAAUCAAGGAGGUGAUAAUGGUGUGGUCAUAAAUUCGCGGAAAUGCCCGUUAGGAGAAAACUUAGUGAUAUCAAAUGAAAGUAUUGUUCCAGUUGGCAAGAGUAAAAGAGUGGUAGUUUCACCAAAGUCUGUGCUCUUAGAAAAGUCUAUGAUCUCUAAUUUGACGGUUGACUUUUCUUCAGAAGUUGUGGAGAAAAUUGCCCCCCAAGCUUUGAAGAACAACUCAAGUGACACAAAUAAAGUUUCAAAGAAACCGCUCCAUUCUAGGAAAGUGGAUGCAUCUUCCAGAGGUUCGACGUCUUCGAUUGAAGCACCAUUGGUUUCAAACAAAGUAUCAAUCAAAGAGAAUGCCAUGGAAAGCAAAGUUCAUAUGGUGGAUGAACAUCAUGAGAAACAACAAUUUAAGGUGAGGGAACACAAAAACCCUUUUAAGAGUAAGGGUAUCUUAGAAACGGAAGAACACCGAGACAGCUCAGAUGCUCAUGGGAGAAUAGAGACACCAUUCUUGAGCAAUGAUAUAAAAAAUCAGAGUGGAGGCCUGUUAGUAGAGGAUCAUCAGAACGACAAAGACAAUUGUAAGAGUAAGAGAAAACGACAGGGAGAACAUGGUAAUGGUACUGAAGGAACUAAGACUGUUAAGUUGGUGAGAGGAAGAUUUAUAGGUAUUGUAGAUGAGGAUGAAGAGGAUAUUAAGAUUGUUAAGUCAGCGAGGAGAAAAUAUAUAUGUGAUGAAGAUGAAGACAAAGGUGAUAUUAGUGGCGAUGAACAUAACCUUAUUAUUGGUGAUAAUCAUAAUACUGCUGGCGCUGAAGAUGGUAUAGGUGGAUUGAUAGCACAAACUGCUAUUGUGGAGUUAUAUGGAUCGCUGCCCAUUGAUGAACCCAUUUGGAGUGGAAUGUUGGAGAUAGGAGGUGAGGGUUAUGUCCCAUUAGAAGCACAUUUGUUGGCUAAAUCUUGCGAAAAAGUAUGGGAAUGCUCGAGAUCUUUACAAAACAUGGUUAAAGUAGCAAAGAUUCCUAGGUUGGAUGCUGAACCCAAGUGCUUUAGGGUAUCAAGGCCAACUGAGGACAACAUUGGCCUGUAUUUCUUUCCACAAGAAAUGAGGCCAAAUGAGGGUUUCGAUAAGCUAGUCAAGGAAGUCAUGGACAAAAAUUUGAUCCUACGAGCUUAUGUCGAUGAAGCCGAGAUGUUGAUAUUUCCUUCUAUUUUGCUACCGGAGCGGCAUCAAACCUUUCAAGGGAAACACUACCUAUGGGGUAUGUUCAAACGCAGAGAGGAUAUGGUCAAUGCAGAAGGAGAACAGACCAUGCGUGGUACACGCACAGGGAAUGGGAGGCAGCAUUGCUCACGUCCUUGUGUGGGCAAAAAAGAUGUGAACAAAGGCGCUAGGACAAACUCCUUGGCUAGACCGAACGAGUCGACACCUCCGGCUGAGCGCACUGUGGCCGAAGCUGCUACUCCGGCUCCUGCCGCCGAUACUGCCACGUCUAAUGCACCAAGUCGCCAGGCUGAACAUGCUGCCGACGUAGUUGCCGAGCCGGUUCCUGCCGCCACGUCUCAUGCAGCAAGCUUGAUGCUUCCGGCUGAUCCCGUUGCCGCCGACGUUACCACAACAGCUCCUGCCGCCGGCGCUGCCUCGUCUCAUGCACCAAGCUCGUCAGUUUCUCAAAGAGGUAUGUACGGAUUCAUUGCUCCAUCAGAAAAUCAGAAGAUUCAUCAGCUCAUUCAAGAGCUGGAACGUGAAGGCGCUGUGGUAAUCUUCAUGCGCGGGGAGACGAUAGGAUGCGGCGUGGGUACGCAAUAAUAAGCACAUGCAGGUGUUGGAGUUUGCAGCCUUUGCAUGCAUGGGGCACCGACUCGGUUAGCCAGGGAAGCAUGCACACCAUGUUUCAAGUUUUUUUUUGUUAUUUGCAUGCCUUUGUAUGGAAGUAUUAAAUUAAGAUUUAUUUAUAUAGUUAAGUCGUACUUGUUAGUGGAAUAAAAAAUUUGAUGAAGAAAAACAAAUACAUAUCACGUGUAACAUUUGUUUGGGUCUCACAAUAAUA